AUGGAAAACUUUCUUCUAAAAGGAAGUAAUGCUUCCCUACCUGCAGAACUGUAUUGGAAGACCAUGUUACCAAACACUCCAAUUCCGAAAGCUCUGCAAGAUCUUUUAAAGCCUGGAAACGACACCGCUUUUUCAUAUCAGGAGAAAUAUUCUCCAAAGAUAAAGCCACAAAGGGUAGAUUACGGAACUGGUUAUUGGUCUGAGGAUGGAAAAAUUAAUAAAAAUAUCACAGCUAAUACAACAAUAUUCUUUCUAUACGAUGAUCUUCGUCCUAACAGAAAGAUGAGACUUGCUUUUACUAAAUCUACAAAUGGAACCAAUUUCUUGCCACUCAAAAUUGCAAAAACUAUACCCUUUUCGAGUCACAAGUUAUCGAAAAUUCUGAACUAUUUCUCGAUAAAAUCUUCUUCGAAAGAAGCUCAGAUCAUGAAGCAAACAAUUGAAGAAUGUGAGGCACCAAAGUUCAGCGGAGAAGAUAAAUAUUGUGCGACAUCUUUAGAAUCGCUGGUUGAUUUUAUCGUUGUAAAGCUCGGAAAAGAAGUUAAGACAUUUUGCGAGGAGAGAGAGAAUAAUUCAAGAGUAUACGUUUUUGAGGGAGAAAUGAUAGGAAGACCAAAUCCCAUAGUGUGCCAUGUUGGAAUAUAAAUUAUGCAGAUAUUUUAUUGCCAUGUCUUUAUCGAAAAGGUAUAUCAGUUCCACUUGGUGGGUUUGAUUGGUCUGUGAGCUGAACAAAUUGUUAUUUCCACACAAAUCUCAGCUUGGAACCCUAAUCACUUUGCCUUUCAAGUUCUUAAUGUCAAGCCAGGAGGACCUCCAGGAGGACCUCCAAUUUGUCACAUACUCAAUAGUGAUACAAUUGUUUGGAUUCCUCGUUAA